AUGGCACUGCUGAAGCAGCUCGUCACCCUGGGUGCUGCACUCGCCUCGACAGCAUUCGCAGGCAACAGCGGGAACAAAGCAUCAGUAGCAGCAGAGCAUGUACUACCACAGGUCCCAGAAUACCUCUCCAACAUCACCGAGCGAGCCCUGUUCCAUCCCAAGGGCUGGUACGACCCCAAGAUAUGCACCGGCGACGACGACAAGUGGUGCCUGUUCACGAGCCGGGAUGUCGCCAACGGCAGAGGCCUGGCAGUGAUAUCAAUGCCCAGCAACUUUCAAAAGAUUCGGCACCUCGAGGUCAUCAUGAACAAGGCGCAGACCAAGGCUUCUGGCCUGCUCAGGGAGGAGGAGGUCGGACCGGGACGCAUCGGUAUUGUGGCCACGGAACAGAUCAAGCGCGCAACCAAGCUGAUGGAGCUGCCGCCCGUUCUGAUGAUACACAAGACGUUCCUCAACGAGACGGACGAGUCCACGCAGGAACACAUGAUCUCAGCUGCGCUGUCCCUGCUGCCGGAGAAGACACGAGCGCUGGUGGAAGCCGCCGCGGGCAAGUCACACCUCGCCGUCAAGUCGGACGUCAGCAGCAGCAGCAGCAGGAGCAGAAUCGCAGCGAUCCUGCGAGCCCAUCCGCUCGAGGCCAGCACGGGCGCCACGCACUGGGACGGACCGGAGCACGGGCGCCACCUAGCACUGUAUCCCGAGGUGGUGGCGCUGGCGCACGACUGCCGGCCCAACGCGGCGUUCUACGUCGACCACACCGACCACAGCCUACACGUGACGGCGGCGCGCAGGAUGCAAGCGGGCGAGCCGCUGUCCAUCUCGUACGUCAACCCGCGGCUGGGGCGGGCGGAGCGCGAGGCGGCGGCACGGAGGAUGUGGGGACGGCCGUGCGGCUGCGCGGCCUGCACGGGCCGGGGAGGGAACCUGCAGGCGCUGGCUGGGGCGGACGCCAGGGCGGCGGAGCUGGCGGGGAUGGAGGCGGAGCUCAGGGACGCCGACAGCGCGGCCGUCACGGAGGAGAUGCUGCAGCGCUACGUGCGUCUGAUGGAGCAGGACGGGUUGCAGAGCAGGAUGGCCGAUGCCUACGAGCAGGUGGCGUACAACUACGGGUACCUGGGGCUCGAGGAGAGGGCGAGGAGGUUUGGCAACCUGGCCAUCCAGGCGGCGACCAUCGAGCAGGGGAGGGAUUCCAACGACGUCACUGCCUUGAGGGUGUUUGUCAACGGCGUGACGGAGCAUUAUAGCUGGCGGUGGAAGAUCAAGAGGCGUGGGGGCUGA